AUGUCGGGAACGAAACCAUUGUUAAAGACACGUAGUCAAAGGCGUAAGGUAGAAGAAUCGCAGUACCGGAAUUUUGUUCCUAAGUGCCGAAGCACGGAAGCAUUUGAGACAGUUGACGAAAACCCGGUGCAAGUAAAUAUAGUUAACCCAAAGCCUGUAUCAGAUUCAACAUUACAAGAAAUAUCAGAAAUUUUGGACACGAGGAAGCGAGCAGAAAAACCGAAAAAAGACGAGCAAACUACGAAGGAAGGAAGUGGUGCGGAGAGCAAAGAGGGCAAGGAAGAAAGGAGGGAAGAUAGUGAAAAGGAGUUGGAGGAAAGUGGUGCAGAGAGCGAGGGGGACAAGGAAGAAAGUAGGGCGGAGAGUGAGGAGGACAGGGAAGAAAGCGACAUAGAGACCGGAGAAGACAGGAUGUCAAACGUAACUCUUCGAGAAGCUUUGGAAAAAGCUAAAAUUCCAGCCUUACCAAAAUUUUUAGCCCCGCCCCUCUUUAAUCCAGCUACGUCAGAUCCAAACAGCUUCAUCGACACCUACGAGAGAGUAGCUUUAACUAACUCAUGGGAUGACGCGCUAAAAAUUUCAUAUUUGCCAAUUUUUUUGGAAAAAGCGGCAUUGGCGUGGUUUCGCCAAUACACAACAACGCAGUCUAAUGCAGAGAAGACAUGGAGAGCGCUCACCAACGAUUUUUUGGCGGAAUUCGGCAGUGGUGAGUCUAAAAGGGGAGUAAGGGCAAAAUUCGAAAACAGGAAGCAGGGACUGAACGAGGACAUCAAGUCCUAUUUUUUCGAGCUUCUGGUGCUACAGCAGGAGUGGGAUCCGAAAAUGUCGGAUGAGUCCUUCAGUUUGCAUUUUGAAAAUUAA